GGACGGUCAGCGGCCGCUGGAGCGUCGCUGUGCUGCGGAGGACGCUGCUCGCUGAGCGGAAGAUGGCGACUGUCGGGAGGCUGCAGGGGAAUCUCCGGAGCUGAUGCCGGGGAGGAGGAGAGCACAGCUAACCACUCAGAGGCCUGAAGCAACACGUCUUAAACUACGACAAUAAUGUCCCACUCCCCUGAAAAUGAAGAGGGAUACUUUGUUGCCAUGGAUACAGAGGAUGAUGGUGCAGAGCCUGCAGGGAUAAGAGAGGAAGUGGACUCAAAGAUGGGGUCCUGUCGACAAGAAGGGAACAUGGACAGCAGUGCCAAAGGAGACGGGAGAACAAUGAUGGAGCUGCCAGAGGAAGUUCUUGAAUAUAUCCUGUCCUUUCUCUCUCCGUAUCAGGAGCACAAGACAGCUGCGCUUGUGUGUAAGCAGUGGUAUCGCCUCAUCAAAGGUGUUGCUUAUCAGUGUUACCACGGAUUUUUGAGAGCUGUCCAGGAGGGAAAUAUCCAGUGGGAAAGCCGUACCUACCCAUAUCCAGGAACCCCCAUCACUCAGCGCUUUUCACACAGUGCUUGUUAUUACGACUCAAAUCAAUCCAUGUAUGUGUUCGGGGGCUGCACACAGAGUAGCUGCAACGCUGCCUUCAACGACCUAUGGAGACUUGACCUCAACAGCAAGGAGUGGAUCCGCCCUUUAGCUUCAGGCUCUUAUCCAUCUCCGAAAGCUGGAGCAACCCUAGUGAUGCACAAAGAUCUGCUGGUGCUGUUUGGGGGGUGGACUCGCCCCAGCCCUUACCCACUGCACCAACCAGAACGGUUUUUUGACGAAAUUCACACCUAUUCUCCCUCAAAAAACUGGUGGAACUGUAUAGUCACAACACACGGACCUCCGCCCAUGGCUGGCCACUCUUCAUCUGUGAUCGGGAGCGUGAUGGUUGUGUUUGGUGGAUCAUUAGGAGCUCGUCAAAUGAGUAAUGAGGUGUGGGUUCUGGACCUGGAGCAGUGGUCCUGGUCCAAACCGCCCAUAUCUGGACCAUCGCCCCACCCGCGAGGAGGACAGUCACAAAUUGUGAUUGAUGAUCAAACGCUGCUCAUCUUGGGAGGCUGUGGCGGCCCCAAUGCACUCCUUAAAGAUGCCUGGCUCCUGCACAUGGGGGCGCCACCCUGGAGGUGGCAGCAGCUGCAGGUAGAAAACGAGGACCACGGAGCCCCCGAGCUGUGGUGUCACCCGGCAUGCAGGGUGGGCCAGUGUGUGGUGGUUUUCUCGCAGGCUCCAUCCGGCCGCGCGCCGCUCAGCCCAAGUCUUAACUCUCGGCCCUCCCCCAUAAGUGCUACACCGGCCCCGCUGGGCCCCGAACCGCCUUCCCUGCGCUCCCAGUCUCCGGUCCGGAGCGGGGCCGCCGGCGUCGUCCUGGGAGCCGUAGAAGAGGCUCCGUGCGUGAACGGUCGCUGGGGCACGUUGAGACCGCGUCCAUCAGCGAGGGGAGGCGCCAGAGAAGGGAGCCCCUCCUCCUCCAACCAGCCGUCACCCUCCCAAGGCCCUGACAGCCCCCCUCUUCCUCCGCUCCCGCCGUUAAUAAACGGCUCCUCACCCUCUCCACGGACCAGCCCGGCCCAGGCCGCCUCUCCUCCCUCCCGCCCUCACCUUCCUGCCUCCACAGACUAUGGCUGGGAGUCCCCUCCCUCCGCCGCCCACCACUCUGAGGUGCCCAGCACCAACGGCCUGCACACGCCCCCUGCCGGCUCCCCACGCACUCCCCCAGGAGCAGUGUCUCCGGCUGCCUUAAGACGAGGGCUGGAGGCAGUUAAAAACAAAUCUUCCUCGUCGCUACCGUCUUCGUCGUCAUCGUCUUCCCUUCAGACGCAGGGGGCUCCUCCCGGCGGCGGCGGAGGAGGAGGAGGAGGAGGAGCAGCGGCUCCUCCAGGGACCCCUCCAUCUUCAUCCUCCAGUCCCCCUCAAGCAGCCGGAGCCGACGGACACGCUAUCCCGCCCAUCGCGCGGCGUCUCGGACACCACCCGCCGCAAAGCCUGAACGUAGGAAAACCUCUGUACCAGUCCCUCAACUGCAAGCCCAUGCAGAUGUACGUGCUGGACGUGUCCCGGGCCAAAUCCGCCAGGGUGGUCUCGUGGAGAGUUUACGGAAACGGGACUCCGGCCGCAGUCACAGGCCCACCAGAGACCAGUCUCCACACCGUGGUGCAGGGCAGAGGGGAGCUAAUCAUUUUCGGUGGCCUCAUGGACAAAAAACAGAAUGUGAAGUACUACCCAAAAACCAACGCCUUGUACUUUGUACGAGCUAAAAGGUAAUGCAGCCGCACGGGGCACUGGGAAGAACAGACGCUCCACCCUGUGGCCGCACAAGGGAACCGACACACAAGGCCUUUUUCCUGUAGGAAGGAUUUUGAGAAAAAAAAGAACAUAAUCAUGAUUAGAUGUUUCACUUCAGAAAUUCACUAUUCUCCAUUCUGCCUACUGCGAGCAUUCAAAACACUUUAACUACACUUUGGUAAAAAAAAACUCUGGCUUGAAUGAGAAUUGUGAGUGUGAGUGUGAAGUGUGACUGUGGUGAGAACUGAACAUUUUUGUUGUUCCCUAAAAAAGAAGAAAAAAAAGAAAAAACCAACCGAGCAGUAACAUCUGUUUUCCUGUGUCAUCGUCCUCUGAACCCAUGAAAAGAGAAACGACAGAGGAGCCGACGCCGUCGACAGAAACAACUGACCUUGCUUUUUGUAUCACUCUUUAAGCCUGCAAUGUUUACAUUGGAAAUUGUGUGAGUGUGUGCGCGUGUAUGUGUUUGUGUGUGCACGGCGGUGGUUAACAGUUGUUGAUAAAUGUGUGUUGGAGGCCACGAUGGCUGAGAUGUGGCACUGUACUAUAAACAUAGUUAAACAAUAAAGGCCUCCAUGUCUGCUCUGUCGCUGUC